AUGGGCUCCCGAUACCAGGUUGACGACGACCCCCUCGCACGCAUGCUCGCCCCGCCCCCCAACGAGACCGCGGAGCAGAAGGAGGCCCGUCUCCGCGUCGAGGCCGAGGCCCGCCAGAGAAGCGACAAGAUAGACGAGCAGAUCAAGGCCGAGCGCGCGGCCAUGAAGAAAAACAAGCCCGUCAAGGUCCUCCUCCUCGGACAGAGCGAAAGCGGCAAGUCCACAACGCUUAAAAACUUCCAAUUGUCCUAUUGUCAGGACCAAUGGGAGGCCGAGCGCGUUUCAUGGCGCAUGGUCAUCCAGCUCAACCUCGUUCGUGGCAUCAACGCCAUCCUCGACGUCCUCUCCAGCGAGCUCUCCGGCCCAGCACCACCCGGUGCCGACUCGGACAUCUCCGACGAUGACGACGACACUACCGGCAUGCACCCCGUCUACGGUUCCGCGCUUCUCACCAGCAAGCACAGACUCCUCAAGCUCCGCCUCGCCCCACUACGAACCGUGCAGCGUGACCUCGAACUGACCAUCGGCAUCCAGGCCGGGGACGACAUGUCAGACGUCACGAUCGGGACCUCGCCACCGGGGUCGCCCAUCCUCGGACCGGGCGGCAAGAAGCAGGAGUUCUUCGUCCGCUCCGCGACGACGUGGAAGAAGGAGCACUCGCACAGCAGGAGCGAGCUGAGCGGGCGACGGUCGAAGGAGGUGCAGAUGCGCGAGACCGCGGACAUCCUCGCGGGCUGUGCGGAGGACAUGCUGGCGGUCUGGCAGGAUGCGGGGAUUCGCGAGCUGUUGGUCCGGAAGGGGAUCCGGAUGGAGUCAACGCCAGGCUUCUUCUUGAACGACAUUCGGCGAAUCGCGUCAAGACACUACAUCCCCACGAAUGACGAUGUGGUUCGUGCGAGGUUACGGACACUGGGCGUGCAAGAGCACAAGAUUAAGCUCAACAAAGGCCCAGCGACGGGGUCAGAUUGGUACAUCUACGAUGUUGGCGGGAGCCGGACACAGCGCAUGGCCUGGUAUCCCUACUUUGACGACUGCGACGCCAUCAUCUUCCUCGCACCCAUCAAUUGCUUUGACGAGCGCCUGACAGAAGAUCGACGUGUGAACCGUCUCGAAGACAGUUACAUGCUCUGGAGGGCGGUCAUCUCGUCAAAGCUGCUCGCGAAAACGAGCAUCGUGCUCUUCCUCAACAAGUGCGACCUUCUCAAGGAGAAACUGCAGAGCGGCGUGCGGAUCAAGGACCACGUGCACAGCUAUGGGGACCGGCCAAACGAGGUCGAGCAUGCCGUCAAGUACUUCGGGUCUCACUUCAAAGAGAUCCUGCGGAAGUACUCUCCCGAACCGAGACCAUUCCGCGUGCAUCACACAUCCGUCGUCGAUACGGAAGCCACGGCCGUAACGCUCUCUGUUGUCGAGGAAGGCAUCCUACGCGAGCACCUGCAGCGGGCGGACCUGCUCUAA